UUGGGUCGGGUUAUAUAAGAGAUACAAAAAUGCCCUAAUCGACACGAGUCCUUACGCUAUAGUCUCUCUCUCUCUCUUAGAUUGACGAGGAAACCCUAGGAGCCCUUGAACAUGUCUGGUACGUACAGCUACGAAGGCGACGGAUCUGCUCCACCGCCUGUUGGCGGAGGCUACGGAGGCAGCGGCGACGGUGGAUAUGGUGGUGGCGCUGGAGGAUACGGAGGCGGUGGUGGUGGUUAUGGAGGUAGAGGCGGUGGUGGAGGCUAUGGCGGUCGAGGUGGCGGUGGCAGCAGAGGAGGAGGUGGAGGAUAUGGUGGUAAUUCACAGGAUCGAGGUGGCGGUGGUGGAUAUCAAGGAGGAGACCGUGGUGGUCGCGGUAGAGAUGGUGGUCGAGGAGGGGGUCGCGGCGGAGGAAGCGGCAGAGAAGGCGAUUGGCGCUGCCCUAACCCUGGCUGUGGCAAUUUGAAUUUCGCAAGAAGAGUUGAAUGUAACAAAUGUGGUGAAGCUGCUCCUGCCGGUGCUGUUGACCGUGGCAGCAGUGGCGGUGGCAAUUACAACAGAGGUGGAAGUGACCGGCAAUAUGGCAAUAAUCGAGGGGAUAGAAGCAGUAAUUAUGAUAGUGGAAGCGGUGGAGGCGGUAGAGGUGGUAAUUAUGACAGUGGAAGCGGUGGAGGCGGUAGAGGUGGUAAUUAUGAAAGUGGAAGCAGUGGAGGCGGUAGAGGGCGUAAUUAUGAUAGUAAAGGAAGAGAUAAUGGGGGUUUCGGUCAGGGUCCUCCAGUUGCUCCCUCAUCUUAUGGGGGGGCUGGUGGCAACUACCCACCUCCUCCUAACGCAUAUGGUGGCAAUCCUAAUUAUGCAACCGAUAGCGUUCCUCCACCAACAAGCUAUACUGGUGGACCUACUUCAUAUCCUCCAUCAUAUGGUGCUCCGGCUGGUUAUGGUGGUGAUGCUCCACCCGAUGCUCGUGGUGGUGGUCGGAGUGGCCCAACAGGUGGUUAUGAUGGUGGGUACGGCGGUGGGGCACGAAACCCUGUGGGUGGUUAUAGUAGUGUCCCUGCAGAGGAUCCAGUAAAGGUGACGCAAUGUGAUGAGAAUUGUGGAGAUACAUGCGACAACUCUAGAAUUUACAUCUCAAAUUUGCCUCCAGAUGUGACUACUGAAGAAUUGAGGGAACUCUUUGGUGGCAUCGGACAAGUUGCCAGAAUCAAGCAGAAGCGAGGCUAUAAGGACCAAUGGCCCUAUAACAUAAAAAUAUACACAGAUGAGCAGGGAAACAAUAAAGGAGAUGCAGUUUUGUCUUACGAAGAUCCAUCUGCAGCACAUUCUGCUGGCGGUUUCUAUAACAAUCAUGACUUUAGAGGGUAUACAAUCACUGUUGCGAUGGCCGAGAAGUCUGCUCCAAAGGCACCUCCUGCAUACAACUCUAGGGGCGGUGGUAGAGGUGGCUAUGGUGGUGGUGGUGGACGUAGAGAUAAUUACAGAGACGGUGGAGGUUCCGGCCCAGAUAGGCAUUAUCAUAGCGGAAACCGUUCACGGCCAUAUUGAAGUUUAGCUGAGCAAUUUAUGUACUAAAAUAUUGUGGUCGGAGUGAUUUUAUUAUGUUCCGUUCGCCAGAUUGUUCUCAAACUGGAGACUUAAGAGAGGCAAGUGGAUAGUCUCCAAAUUGCUGCUAAGGUAGGUUGAAAUUUUCAGGUGAGUGUACCAUUUCCAAUUGCAUUUUUUUAAUGCUAGCUCGGGCUGAGUGUGACACA